CACCAAGUAAAAUGAUUCGAGUCGGCUUCGCGAAGCGACCUUAAUGGUUCCAAGGAAUGUCACCACGAUGACUUGCAGAUUCGGUAUGCAACCGUCAAAUAGACCGGCCCCACAUGAGCACCGAGCUGAACAAAGCCAUUAUUAUCAGGUCCCCGCUCUUCCCAGCAGGGGCAUUUGCCUCCCAACAACAAACAGUGGACGACCGGCUAUGACUGAUUGCAUGCAUAUUUGACAUCUGAUUCUUGCACGACCUACGACUUGGAGAAAUUGUGUGUUUACCAGCUUGAAUCGUGGAAGUCACCUCAGCAGCUUUGUGGCCCUAGUC